AUGUUCGCCGUGAUGCGAAUUGACAAUGACGACCGUAGGUCCGAUUUCCGUCGCAAGAUGCGGCCAAAGUGCGAGUUCGUGUGCAAGUAUUGCCAGCGUCGCUUCACCAAACCGUACAACCUGAUGAUCCACGAGCGCACCCACAAAAGCCCAGAAGUGACGUUUUCGUGUGAGGUGUGCGGCAAGUACUUCAAACGGCAGGAUAACCUACGCUCCCACAGAUGCAGCCAGUGUAUUUGGCGAUCGAUCCAUACAUAUGGAAUGAACGGUAACAACAACAACCGAGCGUAUUGA